AUGGUAACGUUACCCUCGCCUCCCCACCCAUCGCCUUUUCGUCGCCCUCCCUUUCCCUGCCCCGAUGCGCUCGCUUCGCGCGACACGCUCCCUUCCCCUGCCCGUCGCGCUCCCUUCCCCUGCCCCGUCGCGCUCCCUUCCCCUGCCCCUUCGCACUCCCUUCACGUGCCCGUCGCCCUCGCAUCCUCAGAAUUUUGCCCCGCGUUUUCCCUGCACGUCGCCCUCGUCUCUCCCUCUCGUCACCUUGCGUCCCCAGUAACGUUGCCCUCAUUCUCCCUUCCCCCGUCGCCCUUCCUUCCCCUGCCCAUCGCCCGCGUUUACCCUUCUCGACACCCUCCUUUUCACACACGCCCGCCCGUCCUCAACCCCUACCUCUACCUCUGCCCCUACCUUCCCUUCUCUACCUCUGCCCCUACCUUCCCUUCUCUACCUCUGCCCCUACCUUCCCUUCUCUACCUCUGCCCCUACCUUCCCUUCUCUACCUCUGCCCCUACCUUCCCUUCUCUACCUCUGCCCCUACCUUCCCUUCUCUACCUCUGCCCCUACCUUCCCUUCUCUACCUCUGCCCCUACCUUCCCUUCUCUACCUCUGCCCCUACCUUCCCUUCUCUACCUCUGCCCCUACCUUCCCUUCUCUACCUCUGCCCCUAACUUCCCUUCUCUACCUCUGCCCCUACCUUCCCUUCUCUACCUCUGCCCCUACCUUCCCUUCUCUACCUCUGCCCCUACCUUCCCUUCUCUACCUCUGCCCCUACCUUCCCUUCUCUACCUCUGCCCCUACCUUCCCUUCUCUACCUCUGCCCCUACCUUCCCUUCUCUACCUCUGCCCCUACCUUCCCUUCUCUACCUCUGCCCCUACCGUCCCUUCUCUUUCUACUCGUCUCCUCCUUUCUACUCGUCUCCUCCUUUCUACUCGUCUCCUCCUUUCUUUCUCUACUCUCCUCCCCCAUUCCCUCACCGCCCCUCUCUUCCCUUCCCCUCUUUUUCCCUCUCAGCCCCUCACCUUCUUUCCCUCUAA